AUGGCGUACCCGUACGACGACUCCGACCCCUUUGCCCAGCCCGACGCGCACUUCCCCCCUCCGCCUUAUGGACAGAUACAGGGCGAGCCCCUCCCACUCUUCCCCUACGGAUAUCCCCCCAUGGUCGGCGGCCUCAUCACGAAUCCAGGCGGCGCAGCAACGACAGAAGACGCAGGAUCGACAGGCAGCGGCGAAGCCCCGUCCGCCCCGCAACCACAGCCGAUGCACCAUCUGCAGGAAAUGUUCGGGAUGCCGCCCGAGGAAUCGUCCGAGGGCCCACUCGCCGAGGUCGCCUCUGUGAUUCAGUCCUGGUACGGCGUCAACGUGACGAACUUCGAUCCCUCCCAGUCUCAGCCUGAGUACGCCAGCUGGGGACCGUCCUCGAGCGCGGCGAAUCACUCACAACAAACGCGCGCAGCUCCUGCCCCGCCUCCCUUACAGCAACCGCACGCCACCCCGACAGAAAGAAAGGAUGAGGCCGAGCGCGACAGCGACCCGUUGUCAUACCUGAACGGCCUCGCGAAGAGCGACUACGCGCCCUUCGCCCACGUCCCUAGCGAGGACACGCUGAGCGGCGCGGCCGCGUGGCGACUGACAGUCGAUCCUUUCCCGUUCUCGAGCGGACUCGAAGGCGCUGCCGGACUCCAGCUCCAGCCCACACAGGUCAGCAUGAGCGGCAUGCGGCCAGAUGUCCUCGCCAAGCACGCAAAGGACGUCGAGGAGCUCCAGUCCUACCUCGAGGAGUUGAUCAGUCUCAUGACGCCGUUCGCAUUCACGCCGACGAACCCAGCCCCGCCCCCGCCCCCACCCUACCUGCACACACGCAUUGCGCGCUUCGCCGCCCUGAUCCGUGGCAAGCUGGAGCAGCUCGAGGCCUCGUCUCAAUCAAGUCUGGAUCCGGGCUUCCUCGAUCUCCCCCCACACAAGGACGGGGGCAUGAGCCAGGCCGAGAAGGACAUGGAGUUCAUCCGGCGCCGGCGCGACGUGCUGAAUGCGAAAGCGCGCAGAGACGCGCAGGUCGCAUACGUCCGCCCCGCGUUCUUCCCACAGGCGCAGCGCAUAUUGCCCCUCCCCCGGUGUCGCGCUUGCGGAGGGAAUAUGCGCGGAGACGUGUGCGAGAACUGCUACCGCCGCAGACCGUAUUAG